GCCAUGGACAUCGACGCCGGCCGCCAGGUGUACCUGCCCCGCUGCAACGGCGACGUCGACGACGACGGCAAGGAGAAGAGGACAGGAACUGUAUGGACAGCGACCGCGCACAUCGUAACGGCGGUGAUCGGGUCUGGUGUGCUGUCGCUGGCAUGGGCCAUGGCGCAGCUCGGGUGGGUCGCUGGGCCCCUCUCCCUGGUGCUCUUCGCUGCCGUCACUUUCUACACCUGCGGCCUCCUCGCUGACUGUUACCGCGUCGGCGACCCUGUCUCCGGCAAGCGCAACUACACCUACACUGAGGCCGUCCAGUCCUACCUAGGUGGGUGGCACGUCUGGUUCUGCGGCUUCUGCCAGUACGUCAACAUGUUCGGCACCAGCAUCGGCUACACCAUCACCGCCUCCAUCAGUGCCGCCGCUCUGAAGAAGUCCAACUGCUUCCACUGGCACGGGCACAAGACGAACUGCGACGUGCUCCUGACCCCCUACAUCAUCGCCUUCGGGGCGGUGCAGGUCAUCUUCUGCCAGGUCCCCAACUUCCACAAGCUCUCCUGGCUCUCCGCCGUCGCCGCUGUCAUGUCCUUCUCCUACGCCACCAUCGCGGUCGGCCUCUCCCUCGCGCAGACCAUCUCGGGACCCACGGGGAAGACGUCCCUGACGGGCACCGAAGUCGGGGUCGACCUCAACUCGUCGCAGAAGGUUUGGUUGACGUUCCAGGCACUCGGCAACGUUGCAUUCGCCUACUCCUACGCCAUCAUCCUCAUCGAAAUCCAGGACACGCUGGCGUCACCUCCGGGAGAGAACAAGACGAUGCGGCAGGCGACGGUAAUGGGGAUCUCCGUGACGACGGCCUUCUACAUGCUCUGCGGCUGCCUGGGCUACUCCGCCUUCGGCAACACCGCCCAGGGCAACAUACUCACCGGCUUCGGCUUCUACGAGCCCUACUGGCUGGUGGACUUCGCCAACGUCUGCAUCAUCGUCCACCUCGUCGGCGGCUUCCAGGUCUUCUGUCAGCCCCUCUUCGCGGCCGUGGAGGGAAAAGUGGCACGGCGGUACCCAAGCCUUGCCCGCAACCGCGCCGUCCUGUUCAGGCUCGUGUCCCGGACCGCUUUUGUGGGGCUGGUCACGCUGCUGGCCUUGCUCAUGCCCUUCUUCAACAGCAUCCUCGGCUUCCUCGGCAGCGUCGCCUUCUGGCCGCUCACCGUCUUUUUCCCCGUCGAGAUGUACAUCCGGCAGCGCCAGAUCCCGCGCUUCACCACCAAGUGGGCCGCGCUGCAGAGCCUCAGCUUCGUCUGCUUCCUCGUCACCCUCGCCGCUUGCGCUGCCUCCAUCCUCGGCGUCCGAGACUCGCUCAAGAUAUACAAGCCGUUCGAGACCAAGGUGUAG